AUGAAAGCAUCUCAUCGGUUGUCAGAGAUGUUUUGGGAUGCCCGCAAUGCAGAGGAGCGCCCUUACUGGUUGAGCGAGCACAUUUGGAACUCUUUACUCGCUCAUUGGAAUUCAGCAAAGUUUCGCAAUAAGUGUGCUACAGCCCAGAGGAACAGAACUUUUGAAAAGGGUGGCACCCUGCAUACUGGUGGACCGAUCACGGUUCAUGAGCAUGUCAUUCGCACAAGCUCGAGGAUGGUCCAUGUUGAUGAGGUCUUUGCACAGACUCAUGUUCGGAAGGGCACUAAUCAAUUCGUUGAUGAAAGAUCUCGAAAGACUCAUGAAGAAUUUUCUGCGAGACUUUCACGGGUUAAAUCUGAACAUGGGUCAGCUCCUACACCGGAUGAUGCGACUAAUGAGGGCGACGACAUCCGUAGGACACAGUGUUGGGUCGAUGUCGUUGGUGGGAAGAAAAAGGGACGGGUGUACGGUGCAGGACAACUUGCUGCAAACUAUACAACAUCAAGAGGAGGUACUCUAAAGCACCAACCAUCUUCUUCCACCACUACUACUAAAGAGACCAUCGACCGCUUGACACAGCUACUACAACAACGUGACCAGGAAAAUCAUGAAUUGAGAGAAAAUUACAGUGACUUGAGAACCGAGUUUACAAACUUCAAGUCCCUGGUCAUGAGAGCGCUGCCUGCUUCAGACAUUCAUUCCACUGUUUAA